AUGCCUGAUGUUCAGGCAGGCAUAGUCAACCGAGGGGACUCCUUCAGGCGCCGGCGGUCGCGUUCAGGCAGCCUCGCGCCCUCAUCUCCUGCUCAAUCAGCUCCAGAACCUCAGGAGCGCAGGCCCGUGGCCUGUCACAGGGUGGCCAUGGUCGGAGCACCAGGGGUCGGCAAGACGGCGCUCAUCAACCAGUUUCAGACAAGCGAGUGUAUUAAUGCUUACGACAGACCUGCUGACGUCGACUGUUCAGAAGAGAAGGUGUCAAUAAUGCUAAAUGGGGAAGAAUCAGAAUUAUAUUUCGUUAACUGCACUAGUUCAAAGGAAGAAAUCGAGCGAAGCGAACCGCCUGACGCGUUCGUGGUGAUCUACUCAGUGGUGGACAAGGCAUCCUUCCAGAAGGCUGAGCAGGAGCUGGCCCGGCUACUGGACUGCGACAUGCUGCGAGCCCGGCCGGCGCUUCUGGUGGCCAAUAAGAUAGAUUUGGCGAGGAGCAGAGCUGUGUCUACACAAGACGGCAAAUGCCUCGCCUGCACCUACAAAGCGAAAUUCAUCGAGGUCUCCGUGGGCAUCAACCACAAUGUAGACGAACUCCUCGUCGGAAUCCUGAACCAGAUCAGACUGAAGAGGCAGCAGUACGCAGAAGGAGGCAGGGAAUCCUCCCCAGCCCACUGGUACAAAUCCAGGGGCGUAGUCCGAGCAAGUAUGAAGGCCAGACAGAUGCUGACCUGGAUCUUCGGCAAAGAAGACUCCAAGUUCAAGAACUGUGAAAACUUAAACGUACUGUGAGUGGAACAGGACGGACCCGUGUUCGUCUAAUUGACUGUUGCCAGUGACGUGUUCCGAGGAGUGACGGGCCGUUGCGGUUUUGUAGUAUAUUGUGACGUCAUAGAAUACUUGGUCUCCA